AUGACUUCCUCAGAAACCACCCCAAUGAUCACCAAUUCGACUACUGGCAUUACGACAACUACUGUAACAUCGUCGACAACUAUGACUCCCUCAACAACCACCCCGAUGACCACCACUUCAACUACUGGCACUAUGACAACUAAUGCAAUGUUGUCAAGAACUAUGACUUCAACAACCACUCCGACUUCCCCAAUAACCACCACUUCAUCUACUGGCACUAGCAGUAUGUCAACUUCCUCAACAUCUCCAUCGUCAACAACUAUGACUUCCUCAACAACCACCCCGACUACUGACACUAUGACAACUACCUCAACUACUAUGAGCACUGUACCUACUUUCACAACCACAGAGCCUAUGACAUCUACUGCACCAUGUCCGUGUACCUGUGGAGAUCAAACUUUAAAUCUUUGUGUCCGUCCAAUCAUCUGUACUCCAUGUUCAAUAAAAUUGUCGACAACUAUAACUUCCUCAGCAACCACCCCGAUGAUCACCACUUCAACUACUGGCACUAUGACAACUACUGCAACAUCACCAUUGUCGACAACGAUGACAUCCUCAACAGCCACCCCGAAGGCCACCACUUCAACCACUGGCAGUAUGUCAACUACCUCGACUGCAAUGAGCACUGUGCCCACUUCCACAACCACAGAUACCACAUCAUCUACUAGACCAUGUCCAUGUACCUGUGGCGAUGACGUUUUGAAUCGUUGUGUCCGCCCAAUCUUCUGCACUCCGUGUUCAAUAACAUCGUCGACAACUAUGACUCCCUCAACAACCACCCCGAUGACCACCACUUCAACUACUGGCACUAUGACAACUAAUGCAACGCUGUCAAGAACUAUGACUUCAACAACCACUCCGACUUCCCCAAUAACCACCACUUCACCUACUGGCACUAGCAGUAUGUCAACUUCCUUCACAACAACAAGGAUAGCUGGGUUGACCAUGACUUCUACCACAUCAACAGUUGCACCUGGGCGUCCCAUUGUACCAUGGUAUGGAUACCUUCUCAUCGCUUUAGGGGCUUCACUUGUCCUGCCUUUCCUCCUGGGUACAUUCUUCAUGAUAUUUAAGUGUAUAAAAUGCCACGCUUCCGCCAACUUCUUAAAAGCAUGCAACCCCUAA